ACUCAUCAGAGACGACCGAGUGACUGGUCAUCCAACCUUCACUGCAUCAUGGCAUCGAACCAAAGGGAAAGCAUUGUCUUCUUCCAUCCCGAUUUGGGUAUUGGUGGCGCUGAGCGCCUGGUGAUCGAUGCGGCCGUUGGCCUGCAGAACCGUGGACACAGAGUAACCAUUUUCACGUCGCAUUGCGAUCCCCACCACUGCUUCGACGAAGCCCGCGAUAACACCCUCGAUGUGCGUGUGCGCGGAAACACCAUCAUCCCGCCGACCAUUCUAGGCCGCUUCGCCAUCCUCUGCGCCAUUCUUCGACAGGUUCAUUUGAUACUUCAGAUCGCACUGCUUUCCGACGAACUUGCGUCCCUGAAACCCACGGCCUUCUUCAUCGAUCAGCUCAGCGCUGGCAUACCCCUCCUCCGCGUUCUACAGACUAGAGUCCGCAUCAUAUUCUACUGUCACUUUCCGGAUAAGCUGUUGGCGAAGAAGGGCGGAAUAUUGAAGAAACUGUAUCGGGCACCUUUCGAUUGGUUAGAGAGUUGGAGCACAGGAUGUAGCGACACCAUCGUGGUCAACAGUAACUUCACCAAGAGUGUCUUUGCUGAGGCCUUUCCCAACUUGAAACACAGGAAGCCAGGCGUCGUUUAUCCCUGCGUUGAUACUCAGGCUGCUAGCCCCAUGGAUAACCCGCAGCCUCUGUGGGCGAACCAGAAGGUCCUCCUCAGUAUAAAUCGGUUUGAAAAGAAGAAGGAUGUAGCGCUGGCCAUCAAAGCCUUCGCAGGACUGUCAUCGCAGGAGCGCGAGGGUGCCAGGCUGGUCAUUGCCGGCGGAUAUGAUUCUCGAGUCGUGGAGAAUCUGGCAACAUACAACGAACUCUGCGAACUGGCCGACUCGCUCAAACUGAAGCAUGCGACUGCGAAGACCGUGAUCACGGCACAAGCCAUCCCGGACGAUAUUCCCGUUCUUUUUCUCCACUCUGUUCCCAACGCAUUCAAGGCCGCACUGCUUUCUACGUCUCGCUUACUGGUCUACACUCCACGUAACGAACAUUUUGGUAUCGUCCCACUCGAAGCUAUGCUAGCAGGCACCCCCGUUCUCGCCGCAAACGAAGGCGGACCCACGGAGACUGUAGUCAGCGGUCAAACAGGCUGGUUAUGUGAUGUGAGUAAGGUAUCAGAAUGGACAGCAGUCAUGCGCUUUGCGCUGGAAACCGGCGGGGGUGAAAAGAGAUUGGUAGAGAUGGGUAGAUCGGGCCGGGAAAGGGUCAUGUCAAUAUUCUCCAAAGAGACCAUGGCUAAGACGCUGGAGAAGGAGAUUCAGGCUAUGGUGAAGAAGGCAGUCCGUCCGCCCGUGAUGCCUUUUGAAGCUGCGCUCUUUGCGGUUGCUCUGAUGGGUGCGCUGGCUGCCUUUACCUUGUGGACUAGCAUUGGGCAGGUACAGAAAGGCCACGAAACAUAA